AUGCUCUCCGAGCCGUCACCAAUUGCUGUGGCAUCGGAAGAUGUUGAAGAAUUACAAGGUGGAGAUAUUCAGUCUGGAAGUAGUGAUCGAAUGAUGGAUGGUGGCGUUUCAGCAAGAUAUUCAGCAAUUCCACGUUACAUGUCCCCAAUUCUUGAAGGGGGUCGACGUGCCACCAUAUCUCGUGAAUCAAGCGUGCCAAGGAGUUAUGGGUCAGAGAUGUCAUCCCCAACUCCUUCGCAGAGGAGGAAGUACAACAUGAAUGACUCCGAGUACGAACUUGAUCUUUUUCGGUUCUCCCAUUAUUCACCCAAGUGUGGUCUUUAUUACAGAAUAUCCUUUAUGAUUCAUGAGAUAAAAGUUUUGCACGAUGAGGAACAACGAAGGUCUAAAUCUCCAGCAGAAGGUCAGCUUAAGGAAAACCUAGCCCAGCUGCAAGCUGAAAGAGCGGAGCUGUAUGAGGAUUUGCGUGCUAUAUCUGCCGAACUUGAUAAAUUCAAACAACAGUCAGCUGAGCAAGAUAGUGCACUAGCCGAGACCAACAAGAAGCUGAUGGAAAUGGAGAGGGCUAAAGAACAUGCUGAAAGAAGCGUAGCCGAUUAUGAGUUCAUUGUGACUGACCUGAAGAAAAGGCAUAAUAAGCAGAAGGAGGAUCUUCAUGCUAAGCUAUUUGCUCAAGAAGAGGAGCUUGAGAGGUUGCGUGCGGCUGUCCAUGCUCAGGCAGAUCUAACGUGCACUAGCGCGGGACUUUCGACAGAGCUUGCCUUGGCGAAUGAGCAAUUGUUGGUAUCGGAGGCCGCAAGAGCGGCUGCUCAGAAGCGUUGCGAAGAAUUGGCAGAGGAACUGGAUGAGGCUACAAAAUCGGCUGUGACCUCAAUGGCUCUCUCGGAAGAGGUGAGUUGGAUUUCCAUUUUGAAGGUUUUAGUCGUGUCCAACUUCUCGCAGUGUUAUUGGCACUAUUCACAGGUGACUGCGGCUAAUCGUGAUUUGGCAGCAAUGCGCAGUAGGUUGGCUGAAUUGGAGAAAGAGCUUCUGGAUCGGGAGGAAGCGAUGCUGACUGCUAAUCGAAGACAUGCUGAGGAAUGUGCAAAGCUACAGCAGAGCCUAGAGGAGAUCAGUUUAUUCAAUGAAAUGUCUCAAAUGAAGUCCUUGAAGGAAAAAUGUUCUGCUUUCGAAGAGCAGCUGGAGACAGAGAAAUUGGCUCGUGAUGUUGCCAACCGGGAAAUAAUGCAAUUGCGAGAUGAAAAUUACACUGUCACGGAAGCGUUGAACAAAGCCAGUAAUGCAUUGAUGGAUGCAGAGUCCAGAGCUGCCGCAGCCGAAAAGCAUCUUACCGAUCACAUCAAAUGCCAUACUGAGGAACUGAACCUUCGUGUGACUGAAUUGGAGAAAAUGGUGGCUGCUGGCUUAGCCGAUAAACAAGCACUGACAUCGGAACUUGAGGAGAAAAUUGAGAAGCAAACUGCACUGACCAACGAAGUGAAGAAGGCUGGCGAAGUAAUUUCCAAACUAGAAACUGAAGUCACAGAUGCGCAGAAGGAAAAAACUGCCCUUAUGGAGGAAGUGAAGCUUGGAAAGCAGUUGUAUGAAGAAAAAGCGGCUGAAGCUGAGAAGUCUGCUUUGAAAUCUCUCGAAGGUGAAAGAGACAAUUUCAAGGAACAGCUGUUGAUAGCAGUUGAAAAAGCUGAGAAAAACGAGGCUAUUUCCAAAAAAGUGGUGGAGUCACUCGAAGCGGAGAUUGCUGCUCUUACAGCAGAACGUGAUGCUCUCAAGAACAGUUUAGCCGCUGUUGAAGACCAUCAAGCGAAUCUCGAAAAAAAUUUGGCUGAGCUGAAAGAGUGCAUGAGUGAAUCGCAAGCUGAAGUGGCCAAAUUGACUACUAUGUCAGUCAAAAUGGAGGAAGAAUGGAAAGAAAGGGAACAAGUGUACAAGGAGAAAAUCACUGCUGCAGAAGAAGUAGGGCUCAUAAGUUCAUUCCAAGGCCCGAAAUAUUCAAUAGCUUUACUGAUGACAAAGAUGGAUGUUGAGGCUAUCAAAAAAGUGCCGCAAUUGGAGAACACGAUUGGAUAUCUGAAGUCAGAAGCUGAAGCCCUUGACCAGGAGAUUAGGGAAAAGAACAGCAUGCUGGAUCUUGAAGUGAUGUCUAGGCAGAAGGCAACCACUGCUCUCGCCGCUCUUGAAGAAAAAUACCUUUCGCUGCAGGAAGCAAAGAAAGAAGUUGAGAAGGAAUACGAAAAAGCCAAGAAGCAGUUCGAUUCGGAGCUGAGCGCCGCGCAAAAGGUAGUUGACGAAUUGAAGGAAGCGAUGGCGAUGCUGGAGGGCCGAAUGACAGCUGAGGAAACCUCUGCGAACGAAAAGAUUGAAGCAGCUACCGCUGAGAUAGCUCGCCUGGACGCGGAGCUCCGUAAGAGUAAGGCUGCACAGGCAGAAGCUGAACUCGAGAUGACCAGGCACCGCCAGAAAGCCGAGGAAGCGAUGGAGAGAUAUAUGUUGUUGGAAUCAAAGCUAGCUGAAGCUUGCAGUGAAGAAUCUAAGCAGAAUUCUAAAGCUGUCGAGGCCGAGCUAAAAGAGCUGAAACGAGUAAAUGAACUGCAAUCGAAGGAAAUCGAUCGUUUGGGAGAUCUUUGUGAUGAGUUCGACGAAAUAGAAGCGAAUUAUCGGCAGAAGGUGUUCACAUUGAUUAGGGAAAGGGACCAGCUGAAGGCGCUUCUAGAGCCAGUCGCUACUGCUGAGGUCCCCAAUCUAAGAGCAGCCCUAACAGACGGAGUGCAAAUGCUGACCCCGGAAACCACUCUUACUGCGGACAACAUGGCCGAAACAAGACUCAAAGAGCUUGAGAAGGUGGUUGAGAAGCUAACUGAAGACAACAGACGCCUGGAGCAGUUGAGAACAAUAGAAGAUACAAAAAUGGCAAAGGAGAUUGAAGAGCUCAGAAGACGAUGCAGGCUUCAAGAGAACAGGAUCGCGGAGUUGGAGAAGGUGAGAGUUGUGAUAUGUGCUCUGAAUUCCUUGAAACACAUGCACAAAUGGGGGCGUAGUACUCUGCUCCUUCUUGGUGAGUAG